AUGACUGUCUCCUUCAUCCACCUCCUUCCGUUGCUGCUAUCCGUAGCCGCCGCUGCAUUCCGACAUCACACUCCGGCCACCUUCAACGUUUUAUCCUACGGUGCACUGCCCAACCGAAUCACCGACAGCACCAAGGCGUUUCUUGGAGCAUGGUACGAUGCAUGUGGACGUGAGGGUGGCGGUAGGGUUUUGGUACCGCAAGGUACAUAUAUGAUCGAUUCCGUCGUGUUUGCCGGACCGUGUAAGGGACCGAUAGAUUUUAUUAUAAAGGGCUCGCUUGAAGCUUCAAGUAAUCCCAAAAAGUUUUUUGUUGAUCAUUGGAUUGGUUUCCGAUAUGUUGAUCGACUGAGGGUCGGAGGCGGUGGUUUUUUGCUCGGUCACGGCGGCGCUGCCUGGCAUCACAACGACUGCGCCACCAAUUCACGGUGCAGGCCUCUACCCGUUACGAUGCGGCUUGAUUUUGUUACCAAUUCAAUAAUAAGCGACAUCCGAUCAAUCAAUAGCAAGAACUCUCAUUUCAAUCUAUUCGCAUGCCACAACUUGAACAUGAGCAACAUUCGGAUCAGCGCCCCAGAAGAUAGCCCAAACACUGAUGGCAUACACAUCGGGAGCUCGACCAAAAUCAAAAUCCGAGACUCUAUGAUAAGUACCGGUGAUGACUGCAUAUCGAUUCUUUCUGGCAGUCAUGAUAUAGAAGUCACAAGAGUCCAUUGUGGGCCAGGACAUGGGUUUAGCAUCGGUAGCUUAGGUGGGUCACACUUCAAAGAAUUUGUAACCGGUAUAGUCAUACGAAACUCGACAUUACACGGGACUCAAAACGGUCUAAGGAUCAAAACAUGGGCACCAUCUAUGCCUAGCCUUGCUUCGGAUAUUAUAUUCGAUGACAUCAUCAUGGUAGAUGUGAGUAACCCGAUUUUUAUCGACCAACAAUAUUGCCCGCGACCUCCUUGCAACCUAAAGGCACAAUCCAAAGUUCGAAUAAAGAAUGUAACAUUUAGAAAAGUGCGUGGCACAUCAAGUUCUAAGGUUGCAGUUAAGAUCCAAUGUAGCAAACAUGUGCCAUGUCAAGGUAUUAACCUCGUGAACAUUAACUUGGCGUAUCGUGGUCCAGAGGGACAGGUGGAGUCAUCGUGCUUCAACGUUCAAGGAAAGUCGUAUGGCCUGCAACUUCCAUCGGGUUGUCUAUAGAACAAGAAGUUUUACUUGUUAGUACAACCUGAGAAGGUUUUUAAAGUUCUUUCCGGUUGUUCAUGUAAAUGGAAGUUUGUAAAACUAUGUAAUGGGGCUCUAUAAAUCUCUAAGCUAGAGA